AUGCCACGCCCACCCGCACCAAGACACCAACCCGACCCCGCGCUGCUCACACACACACAGCACAGACACACUCUCUCUCUCUCGCGCGCGAGACCACGCGCCGCGCAAGCCCGCCGCAGCGACCCUCGAGGGUGCGAGCUGGCUCUCUGGCCUCGCUGCCGGCGCCGACUGAGAUGGACCCGCGCUUCGCGCUGCCGGCGGCGCCGGCGCCGUCCACGGAGGCGGCGGCGGGGGCGGCUUCGCGCGGGGCACCACCGGCGGGCGCACUCGGAGACGUUCCUCCGGUUCCCCGACGCGGACCUGCUGCUGGACCCGGACGGCGACUUCUCCUUCUCCGACCUCGACUUCCCCUCCCUCUCCGACGACUCCCCGGCCGCCUCCGACCCCACCCCUCCGCCCCCGCCGCUGCUGCAGCAACAGCAGCAGCAGCAGCAGGCGGCCCCGGCUCCGGCCCCCCGCCCGCCCGGCGGCGGGGCCCACACGCGGAGCCUCUCCCUCGACGCCGCCUUCUUCGAGGGCCUCUCGUUCCAGGGACCCAGCGGGAGCGCCUCGGGUGGGCCCGGGCACAAGAGGAGCGGCUCCAUGGAUGGGGCCAACUCACCGUUCGAGGGCGAGUCCGCGCUCUCCGGCGGCCUGCCGGACUACGCCAAGAAGGCCAUGCCCGCCGAGAGGAUCGCCGAGCUCGCGCUGAUCGACCCCAAGCGCGCAAAGAGGAUUCUGGCGAACAGGCAGUCCGCAGCUAGGUCAAAGGAUAGGAAGAUCAAGUACACUAGUGAGCUGGAGAGGAAGGUCCAGACUCUGCAGACGGAGGCCACUACGCUGUCAGCACAGCUUACCCUGCUCCAGAGGGAUACAACUGGUCUGACUACUGAAAACAGAGAGCUCAAGCUUCGGUUGCAAUCCAUGGAAGAGCAAGCUAAACUGCGAGACGCUUUGAAUGAAGCCCUGCGAGAAGAAGUCCAGCGACUUAAGAUAGCUGCUGGACAAGUUGGGAACAUGAAUGGGAACCCCUUCAAUGGUGGACUCCAGCAGCAGAUCCCAUCCUAUUUCGUGCAGCAGCAGCAGCAGCAGCAGAUGUCAUACUUUGGUGGCCACCAGGCUCAGCAUCACAAUCAAAACCAUCGUCACCAGAGUCCAUCAAAUGGGGGGCAGUCGCUCAGUGGUCAGUCCCUAAACGACUCGAUGGAUUUCAUUUGA